AGAAGAAAAAAACGUCAUCAUCGAUUGACGGACGGCUUUCCUUUCACGGCGUGUGAAAUUUUGUGAAUGUAAAUAAACAGAGUACGGAAACUAUUAAAGUUUUUCACGGUUUUCACACGGUUAACGAUGUCGGAACCGAAGAAAAAAAGCAAGAAAUCGAAAGAGGAGAUUGCAAAGGAGUUUGAUCUUCCGGAACGCAAAAGUAAGAUUGCCACAAUCCUAAAGCAGGAUGGCCAAGCGUACUGUAUCUGCAGAUCUUCGGACUCUUCGCGUUUUAUGAUCGGAUGCGAUGCCUGUGAGGAAUGGUACCACGGGGACUGCAUCAACGUUACUGAAAAGGAGGCCAAACACAUCAAGCAAUACUACUGCCAACGUUGCAAGGAAGAAGAUCCUUCGCUCCAGACAGUGUUUCGAUUGGUUCCGGUGCAGGCUCCCGCUCCCAGUGCCGAGGAGAAGAAAAAGAAAACAAAAGAGAAGGGCGCCAGUAAGUCGGAGAAACGAUGUGGUCAGUGCGAGGGUUGCAAAACACCCAACUGUGGUCAUUGCGAUGCUUGCCUGGGCUAUCAGGACGGUAGCCGAAAGCAACGAUGCGAGAUGAGGAUCUGUACCAAUACGGUUAGCAGAAAGAAAGAUCGCGAAUCGAAGGCCGCAUCAAGGCCCAAGAAACGGAAGCGAUCAGUUACACCGGAAAUUCUUGUUAAUCCUGCUCUGGAAGGCGAUCGACAAUGUUACGGACCCGGAUGCAUUAUGACGGCACGACCACAGUCGAAGUAUUGCUCGGACACUUGCGGAAUGAAGUUGGCCACCACCAGAAUAUACCAGGUGCUUCCGCAAAGAAUUCGUGAAUGGUCACUAAGCCCUGCAAUAUGUGAAGAGCAGAAUAAGAAAGCGCUUGAGGCAAUCAGGACGAAGCAGACUAUCGUUAGGGCUACUCUCGCCGAACUGGACAAAAGGCACGCAGAGUUGGACCUGCUGGUGGAUAGAGCUAAAAGAUGCACACUGGACCCGAACGCCCUCGAUAGCAACGACGUGGAGGACGAAAUGUCCAUGUACUGCAUCACGUGCGGGCAUGAGAUCCAUUCCAAAACCGCUAUUCGUCAUAUGGAAAAGUGUUUCAACAAAUACGAGAGCCAGGCCAGUUUUGGAAGUAUAUUCAAAACCAGAAUCGAAGGCAAUUCGAUGUUCUGCGAUUUCUACAACCCGGCCAGUACAACUUACUGCAAACGGUUGAGAGUGCUGUGCCCGGAACACUGCAAGGACCCAAAGGUUAACGACACGGAUGUCUGCGGUUGUCCACUCGUAAAGAAUGUAUUUCAACUAACAGGCGAGUUCUGUCGGGCGCCAAAAAAAUCCUGUUUCAAGCAUUAUGUAUGGGAGAAGAUCCGCAGGGCGGAAAUUGAUCUGGAACGUGUGCGUCAGUGGCUCAAAAUGGACGAACUGGUGGAGCAGGAACGCCAGGUUCGCCAAGCGAUGGCAUCACGCGCCGGAGUUCUCGGUCUGAUGCUUCACUCAACCUACAACCACGAGAUAAUGGAGAAACUCUGCAGUGGAAAACUCCAGUAAUGUGAUAUUAUCCGCUAUUUUCAGAAAUUUUCGUCCAUCUCAUCUAAACAUUAUAUUUCCAAUAUAGAAUUUUUGUAACGCGUGUUCAAUUUUACAUUGUACGAGUAUGAUUAAAAUAAAUAUAUUCUAACUCUCAAAACUAAAAUAA